GUUGGAAGGCUGGUCCCAGAGAGCAGUAGGCCAUUGCGAUUGCAUUCCAAUCCAACCAUAUUUUGUCAGUGGUCUCCUCCAACUACCAUCCCUCUUUAACUGCAUCUAUCAGCAGUGCUAUUAGCUUGUCACUCCCAAUUAACAUUAACAAAGGCGAAGUCAUAUGCGCUGCCAUCCGCUCUCUCAGGUCUCCCUCCCCUUCCCUUCCUUCUCCUGGUUUUCCCGGCCAUAGGAAGAAGAGAAGGGAGGAGGGGAGGGGCGAUACUGAUGCCUGCGCAGCUUCUUGCGGCAAUCUUGCCGUUCUGCUAUCUGGAACUGGAGCUUGAGAGUGAGAAGCAGUGGUGGCGUCGUUCGUUUUGAUGCUCGCGGAGGCAGAAGCGUCCCUCCCUCUCGGAAGCGUCUCCGGUCCCCCUCGUCCGAGAAAUGGGGCUCUUGUCCAAGGACAGCCAGAGAUGACACGUUCUUCUUGACCUGCUAGCAAGGAGGGGCAGGCUCCUGCAUUUUGGGAUUUCCUUGUGCCUGCUCUGCUCGCCCUUUCUUGAGCAAGAUGCCGGCCAAGUACUUGCCGGCGUUGGGGAAGGAGAGGCGGCCGGAGCUGCACCGCCAGAUUGGCUGCGUCACCGGGAUCUUGCAGGCGUUCGACCGCCGCCACCCGCUCGCCGCGCACAAGAGGCUUCUUCCCCCAGGCCAUGCGCUGUCCAGCAAUCCAAGUGUAGGGGGAGACUGCACAAGAUAUCCACCCCAGAUUGUUCACGGGAAGAACUCGAGUAGAACUUGGGCUGACAGUCAGAGAGCACCAUCGGCGGAACUGUCACAAACCUCAUAUUCGUCAUCACCGUCUUCAUCAUUAUCCUCCCUUGACGGGAAUAGGUCACCACAACAAGACCUAUCGUCCACUGACCGAAUGUUAUUUCCAGAGAGGCCGUUCAAGAGCUCUUUUGACAGUGACAACAGACUUGACUGCCCUGAUGAUGCUCUUUCCAAGCCCAAGAACAUGCCCACAGCUCAAUCCAGCCUGCCAACGCUUGGUAUAAGAAAUCUUGUGAAGGAUUCAAUCUAUAAGGAUAGCCGUGACUUGUCAGUCAGAAUUUGCACAGAAGAAGAAGUAAAAGAUCACUCAUUCAACUGUGGGGAUCCACCUAGGCAAUUGGAUGGGCUUCCCCGUGACAGUACACAAGGAGAAAACAAGGGACUCAUGGACAUCAAUGAAUCGCUUCGAGUGUUAGCCAAGCUCCGGGAAGCCUCUUGGACUCCGUCUGAAUCAGGCCAUCAUGCAAGACUUUCAUAUGAUGCUGAUCGGUUCUUGUAUGAUGAUGGGCAGGAAGCCUCAUCAAAACUGAGGGAAGGAACGAGGUUGUCACUGGACAUCAAGGAAGGUCACCUUUGGAAUCGUGAAAUGGGCUUGAGAUCGAAGCCAGGCUUCAGUGCUGCAGACAGAAGCAGCAGCACGAUUAAUGGGGUCAAUGCAGCCUUGGAGACCCUGCAGGAACAGCCUGCCUGUAAGCGUCUUCCUAGUGUUGUCGCGAAGCUCAUGGGAUUGGAAGAUUUGCCUGAGCAUAAUGGAAGUACAGCAUCAUUGCAGGCGUGCAAAGCAGUUCAAGAGAGCAAGCAAGAGCCCAUGUUGAGCCCCUUGAGCAUCUCCUCCCAUAAUGAGCCUGCUCCUCAACAACAAAGGAAUCAGGAUUCAACAGUCAGAAAUAUACCCAACUCUAAGUUUCCUGUUGAAACUGCACCAUGGAAGCAACAAGAAAGGAUUGUGCUACCCCGAAAACUGCCAAAGGGAUCAAAAGGAGCUCAUGGAAGAGAGCAACCUGCUGCGUCAGUCUACAGCGACAUAGAGAAGCGGCUCAAGGACAUUGAUUUUCAACAAUCGAACAAGGACCUCAGAGCACUUAAGCAGAUCUUGGAUUCAAUGCAAGCAAAAGGACUGUUGCGAAACAAGAAAUGGGAGGAAGCAUCAAUGCUGAAGUUAUAUGAUGGAAACCAUGAUAGCAAAGAGAUGACCAAUGCGAACAUGAGACUGAACAGCAAGGCCAACCCCAUGCGGCUUCCUGAAGAGAGGAACACAGAAAGCUCUUUCAAAUCACCUAUUGUAAUAAUGAAGCCUUCAAAAUCUGCAAACCUUUUGAGCGAAGUGGAUUCUUCUGUCAUUCCACUAGGGGGUUCAUCUGAUCUCCCACAGCUGCAAACAGGCAAUAGCACUGAUAAAAAGAAAGCUUCAAUGAUCAAUAGGACAGCUAAAGAGCAACAUGCAAAAUCUAGUCCAAGGGUGCGUACUCCUCAACCCCUUGCUUCAUAUAACAGGAGGUCAAAUGGAAGGAAUGAAGAUAGCAGCAGCAAGCAAAAAUCUAGUUCACUGCUGGUUACUGAGAGUUCAUCCAGAAGACAACAGUUGCCAAGGGACAAUAGCAUGCAAAAGCAUAAAAAUUCCACUAGCCCCGGAUUACUGCAGAAAAAGAUCGAUGCAGAGCGGAGAGCUAGGCCGCCUGUUCCUUCUGCCGAAUUUAACAAAAACCAAAGGCAAUCUGCAGAUAGGAAUCAUUUAGAUUCAGGGUCAACCCGAAGCAAAAUCAGAAGAAAACCUGUGCAUGCACAAGGUGAUGAUGGCAUGCACAGUGGACUGAAUAGCAGGACAAGGAGCAUGAACCAGCAAGGCAAUGAUAUGCCCACAAGGUCAGAUGACAGUAUGGGUGUUGCUUCAGAGCUGGAUAUAGAAGUUACAAGUACUGACAGAUCUGCAGAAGUGAACAUUUCUAACUUUCAGCAAGGCAUUGGGACUCCAUCAGGAAGGACUCCUCAAAAAGUGAAAACCUCAUAUGAUGCAAGCAAGGACGUGUCAUCUGUAGACCCUUCAGCUUUUAUCUCUGAACGGCCAAGUCCAGUUUCCGUGUUGGACUCUUCGUUUGACCAGGAGGAUUUGUUCCCUACCAGAAAGACUUCGAAUUCUCUUAGUGUUGAUGAUGAGCGACAUACAUCAGAGGAACUUUGGACUUCUGAUACAAAGCCAACAAAGCUCGCUAUGCAGUCCAAGAACAGUAGGCUCGCUAAUGUAGCAAGCCUGCUUGAGAAGCUCCAGCAGCUUAGUGUGAACAAGGAUGACGAUGCCCCUCCAGUUGAUCAUAUUGCCUUCUUGUGUGAGACAGAAAGUCCAGACCACCGUUAUGUGUCUGAGAUACUGCUGGCCUCUGGCCUUCUGAUGAAAGACCUAGGUUCAGGACAGACAGGCCUCCAGCUCCACUCUUCUGGCUACCCCAUCAAUCCCGACCUGUUCCUCGUGUUGGAGCAAAGAAAGGCAGGAUGGGUCACAGAACCUGAGGGUAUCCAUCAAAGCAGAAGCGGUGCGAAGUCUGAUCCCAAGAGAGCGCACCGGAAGCUAAUGUUUGACAAUGUGAAUGAGCUUCUCCUUCAGAAGUUUGAGAAGGAAACUUCAGUUUAUUCGGUCAGAUCGUUCACGAGAGCGAAGGAUCCACCUGCAAAGGUUCUGAGCGGGCAGCAACUGGUGAAAUUCCUCUCUUCAGGUAUCGAAGACCUGGAGACAGAGCAAUCGCUCAUCUGCCAGAAGGACAGCAGCGUGAUACCUGAUGCAGAGAUCCUUCAAAGGCUGCAGGGAUGGACGAACUUCAGCAGGGAGCUCCCAGGGAUGGUGGUGGAGAUUGAGAGGUCAAUAUUCAAGGAGCUGGUGAACGAGGUGGUGCACGGCGAGUCCACUGAUGGCCCGCAGAUGAAGGUGGCAGGCAAGCGCAGAAGGCAGCUCUUUGCUUAAAAGUUAAAACUCCUUGGUUGACCAUCACCAGGUUGUGACUGUGGAAGGAUUUGAUUUAUGAAGUUGUAACUUUGUCUGCCAUGAGAGCUUUUUCCUAUGAAGAGAGAAGGUAUAGGAGUUGUAUGUAGUAUAAGCAGCGCAGAUUGCAGAGACCUGGAAUAGGAAUUUGUGCCAUGUAGAUACUAUGUAUACCAGUGCUUUUUUGUGUUUCUUUGGGGAUGCUUUUUCAGCUGAAAACUUGAAAUGGCAUCUAUCUUCCAUUUUCCCAAUAAUAAACCGUGAACGCCUUAACCACU